AUGGCGUGCGCGGGCGCGCAUCGCAGCGCGCUCGUCGCGGCGCGUCUCGCGCUGACGGAUGUUCCGCGACGGCGCGGCGCGUCCGCGACGGGAAGCCGUCCGCGCCGUGGUAUCGACGCGCACCGCGGAUGGAGUACACCGACGCGCGCGAACGCGCUGGCGGACGCGACGCCGCCGGCGUCCUCGACGCCGUCGGGGGACCCGGAAGAGACUCUCGGCGCGGACGUCGCCGCCGAGGGCGUCGUCACCCGGCGCCACACGCUGGGAAGAAACUUGACGUUCGUGGACGUGACCGUGUCCGGCCCGAGCGCCGUCGCCGCCACCGCCACCGCCACCGCCACCGCGGACGCGUCGCACUUUGUGUUUCUGAAGUGUUGGGGCGUCGUGGACAAGCGCGCUCGGCUCGGCGCUCGCGUGUCGUUCACCGGGCGCGUGCUGACGAACGACAAGCCGCGCGAGAGCGAGGGCACGGUCGCGGGGAGGAGUUACUACGCGUCCGUUCCCGCGGGCGGGCUCGAGGUCGUGCGCGCGGCGAGCGCGGAGGACGUCGCGAACGCGACGACGACGACGACGCCCCGCGACCGCGGCGGCCUCAUAAACAUCUCCACCCCGUCCGCCCGCCGCGGCGCGUCCGUCCCCGUCGCCGUCGCCGCGCGCGUCUGCAAGUCGCUCAUCGUCCGCGGCGCGUGCGGGGACCCCAACUGCGCGCGGCGGCACGACGUCACCGACGCGGAGUUGGCGGCGGCGAUGCGAGCGCGCGACGGCGCCGCGAGACGCUCGAGGGACGCGCGUCGGAGAGAGCUCGACCCGGACGACCCGCACGCGUUCGAGACCAAGGCGAGUAAGGCGCGUUCUAUACACUGGUUCCCAUACGACCGCGUUCGCGAGGCGGAGAGCGAUAGGAUCUUCGCGGACUGGAUCGUGCGGACGUUCGGGCUCGCGUCCGCGGAGGAUGGCGACGACGAUCGCGUCGUUGCCGCGGCGUCGGGGCGCGGACGAGAGCGCGCGUCGAGGGAAUCUGUGAGUCCUCAAGGAACGGCGUUCACAACGCGUGCGCGGUCGUAUGGGGAUCAGUCUCAGGAAUCGGAGUCGAGGGAUGUCGCGCCGGCCCGAAGCCGAAGGGCAUCGAACGGAGGAAACGAGACGAGACGACAGGUCGCCGACGUCGCCGGCGGAGGGGGCGUGUUAUCGUUCGAACUGCACGUCCGUCACGGUCUCGACGUCGUCCUCGUCGACCCCGCGCGCGUCGGGAUGUCCCCGAAACAACGCGCGACGCUGCGGUGCUUGAGGAAACGCGGCGCCGCGCGCGGGGUCGGCGACGCCGCGCACGACGCGUGGCGACGGAGCGAAAAUUGGGCCACCGUCGCGGACGCGGAGACGGACGCGAGGCGGUCGAGGCACCUCGCGAGGGUGCUGACGCACACGGAGAUGGGCGAGGACGCGGCGAGGCGCGCGGAGGAGAUCGCGAUCGCCGCGGGGAGAGAGGAAGUCGUCGCGUCGACGUUGAGCGGCGGCGGCGGCGCUUCGUUCCGGCACGUCGCGCGCGAGUUUUUGGGCCCCGACGACGUCUCCGCGGCGGGGUUGGCCGAGUGCGACGUCUUCGUCGGGAUGCACCCGGACCAGGCCACGGAGGCGAUCGUCGACGCCGCGCUGGCGAUGAACAAGCCGUUCGCCGUCGUCCCGUGUUGCGUGUUUCCCCGGUUAUUCCCGAACAGACGGACCGCCGCCGGCACGGAAGUUACCGGAUACGUGGACUUCCUCGAGUAUCUCGUCGCGAAAGACCCGCGCAUCGAGCUCGGAUACUUGCCGUUCAAAGGUCGGAACCGCGUGGUGUACAGGGUAUAG